AUGAGAUUGCCAUAUAGAAAUUCAGAUUUCUAUAAGAAUGGACUGCCAUAUUCAAACUCGUUUAAAGCACAUACUGGCUGUGUCAACGCAGUGACGUUCUCAAAGACAAACGGUAACAGAAUUAUGGCGUCAGGCGGAGAUUGCACUACGGUCUAUCUUUGGGAUCUUUUCCGGGAUUUUGACGGUGCUACACCAAUACAUGCAUUUAGUGGACCUACCAAAAAUAUCUUCACUUUGGAGUUCAAUUGCCAGGAUGACACGCUUUACUGUGGAAGUAACGAUGCAGUUAUCUACAAGUACGAUCUACAAAGUCAAACGAAGGAUGUUUUCGGGAUGAAAAGUCCUGUAUAUAAAGACAAGCUAGAAGAUCUACCAACUUCACCCCCAGACGUUAGACAAACGAGUCAUGCUUCGUCAAUAUCGCAAAUAUCAGCACAUCCGAUACACUCCUCUUUGAUCCUAAGCGCGUCGUCAGACGAUGAACUGCAUAUCACAGACGAACGCGUUAGCAAUUACGACAAUGUUGGUCAUUUUCACACCACAGCUGAAUGGAGGGAUGUCAAAUGGCAUCCUGUCUCUGAACAUUUGUUCGGAUGUUGCGAUAGUCGCGGCGGUGUCUACUUGAAUGACAUCAGGAAAGGGUUUACGGGAUACAACAUCACUAGUGGAUCGUUCUCCGAAUCUGUUGAUCCAUUCGUGGAUGACAUGUCAGUGAUGCAGUAUAACGCCCAAUUAACAAACACACAUGCGUCUAAACGAGUAAAGCUGGACUCUUCUUCUAUUUCAUUCAAUAACACAGGUGAUCUAUUUGGCGUUAUUUACCAGCACUCCUUUCCAACUAUUUACUCACUUAACAAAUCCGAUCCUCUUGCUGUAUUGACAGGAGAUUACUUGCCCUAUGGUGCAAGAGUAUCACCAGGUGAACGUACUUAUAGCACGUCGUGCACAACCAAGCACUGUUCAUUUGAGGGUGACUACUUUGCUACCGGCUCAGAUGAUUUCAGAGGCUACGUUUGGAAGAUACCUCCAAUAUCCAGAUUAUUGGAAGGACGCAGAGAGGUUUCUAACGAAAGCUUACUUGAAGGCUUCGAGAAUGGUUCUUUUGGUCAGUAUCGUUCGGUAUUCUCUAAAUCGAAAGACGAAGAUGUAUGUAUACCGACUAUAGUCAACCGACCAGCCUUUAGACUAGAAGGUCAUGCAAGUAUAGUGAAUUCAGCAAUGAUCCAUCCUACAUUACCAUUGGUAGCAACAUCAGGUGUAGAGAAGAUAAUAAAAAUGCACACACCUACGCCGUUCACAAACAAUCUAGAAGCGAAAGAAACUCCAAAGAGCAGAAAAAUGGGCAACGAAACGCGGAGCUCAAGAAGAGAUUUCUUGAUGGCUUUACUUACGUCACCAUACGAGAAUGAGGAGGGUACUGUAGAAGAAGACCCACUCACUUUAAACUUUUUCGAUAGUUUACUUAGAAGAGAUCAGGAAGUCGACAUUUGGAAUGAGCCAGAUAGCAAUGAUGAGGAGGAUGAAGAGGUCGAUGAACACGAUGAUAUAGAUGAAGAUGACGUCGCUGAUGUGAUGAUGAGAUUUGCGAGAGACAACAGCUUUGGUGAUGGGCAUGAAGAUGAAACUGACGAUGACGACAGUGAUGGACCGAUCGUCAUUACUAAUAAUGAGGAUGAGAUUAGCUCAGACGGAUCUGAGGAAUCGAUUGAUAUUGACGAAGCAUAUCCUGUUUAAAGAGACAUCGAGUUAAUGACUAGCAUGGCAUAAAUAGAUUUCUUGUAUUAUAUAUAACUCAAAUGUACAAAUCAUUCCAUCCAACCAAGACCUACUUCCAGUUGCUUGUUGAAUAUUGGUGAUAGUUCCUCGUCUAGCAUUUGAUUUAAUGAGGAACCAUCCCUUACGUCUAACCAGGUGUUUAGUUUAAUGUCAUACUCGUAUCUACGUGGGCCACUGAAUGGAGAAGACACCCAUAUCUGUCUUGUUGGUGGUUGUUUGUUGAUUACGUAUGUACCGUACUUAUCAAGCGAUAAGGUUAGGACGCCUGAGCUGUAAUCAACUUCUGAUGUCUCUGCUACAUCGAAAGCACCCUCUUCGAGCUCAGACUCGAGUGCUUCUGUGAGAGAAUCGAAAACUUUAUCGCUGAGUUUGUGGAAGGUGUGCAUGUCCAUAUUAUCGACGGCGUUGCUGCUUGUUGAUGUCUGUUGAGCGUAUGAUCUCAAAUCUGUUGGUUUGUAAAUGCUUUUAUUUGGUAUAGAUGCUCUAGUUGCUCUUGUAGAUAAUCCCAGUAAUAAUCUCCUCGUAAACAUGAUGAUCGUAUUUAAAUGAAGAGAUACUUAAUAUCAGCUAAUAGUUAUAGAUAUUCUCUAAAAUAAUCUGAAAUAUAUCACUUGAAUAACAAACAUCAUCAUCUCU